GUGACUGAGAAGCCGUCAAGACUUAAGGGCAAAGGUUUGAUUUAUGGACGCGUCUCAUUGCAGUAUCGUUAUAAACGUGUAAACGUGACCAGUUGCUUGUACGCAACAACAGUGGAUUUCAACAUGUCAACUGCCAUAAAUCUUCGAACUGAUUGCUUCCGUGGGUCCUGUAGUGACGCUAUCUCUAAAUACUGUUUACACAGUUCCCCACUUCACAUCAGCGGGAACGCUAACACCACGAAGCCUUCAGGUCGCUUUGAACUUUGGACGCGGUUAGAACAUAGUCACUGAGCAGCCGUCAACAGUAACAACAACAUCACUAUGUUUCAUUCGUGAAAUGUUCUGCUUAUAACUCAGGGAUCGAAAACAAGUCUUCUUGAAAUAGGAGUUUGUAUACAGAAUAGAAAUUCACAAUCUCUCAGAUGAAUAUCCAAGGUCACAACGUCUCCGUUGGAGGACAGCAAGUAAUACACCAAGUCGAGGGUGGACCAGAAGGACGCGAUGACGAGGAAGAAGGGAACGUGUGUGUCGGUGGAACCCAGGUCAUACAUAAAUAUGCUUCACCUGCAAAUGAAUGGGACAGUGAAGUUAACAGGCACAUUCAACAUAAGGUCUGGACUACUGUGUGCUCUGUGGUAAAAGAACACGUCCUGAAACACCCAGUUACCAUCAUCAUAGGAAGCCCUGGCGAGGGAAAGACGACAACAGGAUAUAUGGUAAUGGAAGACUUCUUGAAAAAAAGAUGGCACACGUUCAUUCCAAAAACGCCACAAGAAUAUUUUUCUCACAAGAUGGUAGGAAGGACGAUUGUUUUGUUGAAUGAUAUUUUCGGGGUAUUUGAAUAUGAUGAGUUUGGUUUGAAAGGAUGGCUUCGAGCUUUUGAUGACAUAAGAUCCCAUGAUAUCAAAAGCUCUGAAGUUAAUGCAGUGGAAACAAACAGUGUGAAGUACAUCAUUGUAAGCAGAGACUAUAUAUGGAGAGAAGCAGAGUACAAAUUAGGAAAGUUCAUCAACAAUAUUUUCCAGAAGGUCAAUAUUAUUGAUAUCAAUUCUUCUGUUGAAGCUAAGCUAAAGCUUGAUGAUAAGCUCCAAAUCAUUAAUGCCAUGACAAGCAAAUAUGGCGUAGAGCUUUCGAAAGAUGCCAUUGAAAGAAUUGUCACUGUACCAAGUCUGCAUGGUUUUCCACAUUGUGCAGAACUGAUGUUUACCCUGCAAGAAACGAUAGAGGACGCCGAGGCAUUUAUGAGAGAGCCACUCAUCUUCCUGAAGGAGACAAUCAAACAGUUGUGUGAUGAUGCUGUAAAACGCCACGUCUUUUGUCUACUUCUUAAACAGGGAGGGGACAUGCUACUUUAUAAGACAACAGAACAGUUACAAGAUGCUGGAAAGGGUUUGUUUCCUGAUCACAUGAUGGGUGUCGUUGAUGUUCAUGCUUUCCAGAGGACAUGUAAGGUGUUGGAAGGACCGUAUCUUCAGAGAGAGGAAGACAGGAUAAAGUUUUCCCACCCUUCAGUACUUCAUAGUGUAGCUGUGAAUCUUGGAUGUGACUACCCUGAGUUGUUAAUUAAACACUGCGACAUGAGCGUGUUGAAGGACAUCCUCAGACAUGGAAAUGAGCCUGAUGAGAAGCAUGUGGAUGUCACGGACACCAUUCUGCCCAUUGUCAUUGAUAGAUUUGCAAAGGAGCUUUCCCAGGGAAGCAUGAAACAAGUGCUCUCUCAUGUCCUUCUGCAGUGGGAGGAGUUUGUAGUGAAUUUGCUCGAUUGUUCCGAGAUCCCGAACGAUUUGCCAGAGCUGGUUGAUGCAGCCACAGGAGAGUCCUGCUUGUAUCUGGCAUCUAGCAACAAGAAAAAUGUGUUUUUAAAAGCGCUUCUGAGAAGGUUCCGUAUAUCUGAAGUUAACUUGGUAAAUGCUUUGUUUGGUUGCUGUGAGUUUGGAAACAGCAAUGGAGCUAGUUAUCUCCUUUCAUCGAACCAGAACAAUUUAUCAAAUGUAAGGAAUAACAAAGGUGAAACAUUUCUUAUAGCUGCUGCCAGGAAUAGACACACUGACGUAUGCAGGGUAGUCCUUACUUAUCAAAGCAUAGAUUGGAGGAACUUACAUGGAGACAGUGCUAUGCAUCUAGCUGCAGAACAAGGCAAUACUGAACUCAUAAAGCUAUUGAUAGAUCGCGUUAAUGAUGUGGAUCAGAACAAUAAUAAGAUGGAAACAGCCCUUCAUAAAGCAUUACUUGGUGGACAUCUUGCGACGUCAAAGGAUCUUCUGCGAAAGGGGGCUGAUUUUACUAAGACAGAGUCAAUGGGACUGACGGCACUUCAUUGUGCUUGUUACACAGGUUUAUCUGAAAUUGUUGAGAUUCUGGUGGAGAAAGGGUGCAACCUCAGUGCAAAAGACAAACGUGGAAGUCAUGCAAUCCAUAAAGCUGCUGAAAGAGGACAUACUGAAGUAGUAGAAUUUCUGCACAAAACUGGGUGUAGUGUGCACACAUCUAACAAUGCUGGUGUCACUUGUCUACACUUGGCAAGUUAUAAUGGUCACAUUGAUACUGUCAAAUGUCUUCUGAGGUUAGGCUGUGAUAUCGAUGCCAGAAGUCGGAUUGGAUAUACACCACUAAUGCACGCAGCAGCUGGAAGCCAGUUGGAAGUGCUUGAAACCUUAGUGGACCAGGGAGCAGAUAUCAAUGCUGUGGACAUAUUAGGGCAUACUCCAUUCAUCAUAUCCAUUUAUUUGUUUUGUCCAGAUGCAGCUUUGUUUCUGCUUCACAGGGGUGCAGAUACAAGUCUCAAAAUGGAUCUGUCAUUUUCAAAGGGUCUUGAAUUUCUUCAGUUGGUAUCUCCAGACGGAAGAUUUAGAAAUGUAGUACUCUGCCUCCUUCAGAUCAGCAAAAUGAUGGAACGGUUUCUUCCACAAACUACAAUGUCAGCCCUUGUGCUCAGUGUGUUAACAGGUCAAAAGAACAUUAUGGUUAAUAUUCUAGGUCAAGGAGAGGAUCCAUUUGUUACAAUUUUGGGUGGAAACCUUCUCCACUUUUGCUGUGAAAUCCCAAACAGGGUCGACGUGACCUAUCGCCUUACCAUGGGCACGCUUAGUCUUCUAUCUCUGGGUUGGCCUAAAGUGCCCAUUACAACCAUUUUGAAACCCUUAUGUGCUCCUGAUGUUGCUGAGGAACUUAUUCAAAGGGGAGUCGAUGUCAACGCAUUUAAUAGUGAUGGUUUUGCUCCUUUGCAUCUUGCAGCUGAAAAUGGCUAUGUUGGUAUGUUGAAAGUAUUACUGGACAGUAACAAUUGUUUCAUCAAUCCAAGAUCUCACAAGGAUAGGUCAACUCCUUUACAUGUGGCCGUGAAAAGCAAUCACACAGAUGCAGUAAAACUGCUGUUGAGGCAUGAGUGUGAUGUAAACAGCAAGGAUGUUGCAGGUAGAAGUCCAGUACAUUUGGCUUGUGAGACAGGCAACACCACUGUUCUGAAAGACCUUCUGUCCAAAGGAGGUGAUGCAAAUAUUCAGGAUCAGAAAGGCAAUACACCUCUUCACUAUGCAGCCUGGCGAGGUCGCCGUUCCUGUGCACUGUAUCUGAUGAAUACUGCGAAUCUCUUGGACAUGCAGAACAGGUAUUCAUUCAGAGCAGUAGACUAUGCCUAUGCACGCUGCAACAUUCCCACAGGCAAGGUUCUUGAGGAGCAUUUCCCUCCACUGAGUCGUGUCAGACGGUGUAAACUUCAAAUACUGAGAGUUGUGUGUGCGAACCCCAUUGUUGAUUUCAUCUUGAACAACCCCCUGAAGACAAUAUGUAUAAUACUACUUGUAUCAUCAAUCAUAGGUCUUGUACUGUUGCUGUAACAAACAUUCUCGGAUAUAAUACCACCAAGUCGUCGCAUUCUCAGCAUGAGACAGAUCUUUGAAGGAGCACCCAGGCUAAUCUGAUAACCAAAGUGUUAUGAUGAUUAUCAGAGAGAAGAACCUGUGACGUUUCAUCAUAACGAAUGUUCCCGGGAUCUAGUCUGCCAAGACAGCAGAAGGUCUGUGGUUCGAUCCCCUUAAAGACGUUAAAAGAUUGUACUUGUUUUUACCCUGCUUUACGUUCAUCCUUAAAGCGACAAAACUAAGGAUUGGGCGAGUGAGUAUACUGUUUGUAUUCAUUGUAAACUCUGACAUGGUAUCCUGAGUUAGAUCUUUCAGUAUAUGUGGUUAUUAUAGCAAGGUUUGGGGUAUAACGAACUUAGUUAUGAGGACACUGCUGGGAUAUCUGGAGUUGACCCUUACCAAAG